AAAUAUUUCGUAAUCAGUUUCCGCAGGAGAACCUUCGCCAUUACGCCGAACGAUCAUGGUUAACAACACUUUUGGGAGAAAUCUGCUCUAAUUUAGAGCCAACCAAGUAAGUCCUUGAGUUUAAAUGUCGUUGGUCAAGGCAUAUACACACGUAUCUAAUUGCAUCGUUCAAAAUAUAAACAGUAGUCUGUGUUAAAUUAAAUACCAAAGCGCGAACAAGUUCUAGAUAAAAGGCUCAACGAUCAUUCAAUAAGCCAUAGGUUCCAUAUUCUAGUAGGAACCGAGUCUAUUAAUACUACGGCAUUUUCUAUUUUUAUGUGCACUUCAAGCAUUUAGGCGCCAAAUAACCACUCGCUUGAAAUUUUGUAACGUAAUGCACGCGCCAUUCCUAGCAGAGCAUUAAGCAAACCGGUUUGCCUUUGGUAUCCAGAUUUGGUGAUCUGAUAUGAUAAUCAGCUUUGGAACUCUUAACCUUUUGUAUUAGGAUAAAUUUGCAGAAUAAUAUUGCAAUGGGGACCCGCAAAAACAAAAGUUAGGGUUCGCGAAAAUCAAUGUUCCGUGAAAUGUUAAAUGAAUACAUAAUACUUGGGCGAGUGAAGCAAGUCUCGCGAGAACGCGCGAGCGGGCGGCGAAGCCGCGAGGGGCAGAGCCCAAAUUGGAGAGCUUGCUCGCAGGCUAAAGCAAGUUUUCCUAGAAUGACAAGUUUUUGUAUUACUAGUAACAGCGCAAAAAAUUAAAGGUUGUAUUUAUAAAAUUAGAAAGUUGACAAGAUACCACUUGACCGAGAAAAGACUAGACUUUGGCACACACCAAUUCAAAUCCAUGAGUUAUUUUACGUUUGCGAGAGUUAAAAUUUUGCGGAUGGGCGUAUUUAUAUUUCGCAGGAACUAUCUAUCCUUUUCACGAUAGGUCCAAUUCGAGCAAAUGCUGUCAAGAAAGAAAUAUCCUCAGGGUAUCAAUGUACCGGCGAAAGAAUGAUUGAAAAUAUAAUAACAUUCUCGGUUCUAUCAACAGACUAAUUACAGUUUAUUGCUGAAUGUGGCUUAUUGCUUCUGUCCAGGCAGGAUCUGAUUCAUGUUCAAUUAUCUUUUCUCGUAAAUGGCGAUGUUUUAUAUGUAAAUGUGACACUGGAGUUACUCUUCGCGGAUAAAUUUUUCGGGACCACAAAAAAUGGCAAAAAUUAGAACGUGUGAAGUUAUUAAAGUGCCAAACGGUACUUGACCUAUAUACACGCACAAAGGGGUUCCUUUUUGUUUACCAAGAAUGGCUCGUUUAAGGGCCGUACGUAACACUGGUAAAACAAAUUGUUGCGGCCAUCAUCAUAUAACUUUCUCGCAACGAACGUGAUAGAUGAUUUUGGUGAACGACGUCGUCCACUCCUCGUUUGUUGUUUAAAAUAGGUCGUCAUAAAACACGCUGCGAAAGUACUUCCGGUCACGAGUGAUGUGACCGGAAUUGCACUUGAGAACGUCACUUGUCGUUGUGUAAAAUCGUGUCACAUCAGAUAUUUAGCUUCUGAAGCUCUUUGAUCCAGAACAUUUAUAACGUUUUAGUCUAUAAGCUGCAUGCUGACGUCCCUUUCGCUUAGAGGAGUCAUCAGCCUGCGAAGAAGGCAAAGCCAUUCGAAAGCGCAACACAGGUCAAUCGAGAAAACGAUGGGGGAGAGGGUACGGGGAAAAAGGCGGAGAGACCGUCUUUUUCUCGCCCCUCCCCCAUUAUUUUCUCGUUUUACGUCUUACUUGAUCAGACUAAGGAGUUAUGCAAGUUUUCAAAUUGUGGGAUCGACGUAAAAUGAUAAUUGUGCAAUUUGCGGCUUGACUGAGAUGUUGGGGAAAUGUACUGGUACAGAGUUCUCCUUAGCCUGCGAACAGCAGACGUAUUUCCGGUCGUCCCUUUCGGAGGUAGAGAAGCGACGACCGGAAAUACGUCUGCUGUUCGCAGGCUAAGUUUUCCUGUGCCCAUAGGCCAUAGCAAAAGGGAAACAGGUAUCUUUAUCCUCUCUUGGCCUAACGAGAAGUUGCAGUUUCCAGUCGACCUCCCUCCCCUCUGAACGGUCGAGAGGGAAAAUAACUCUUCUAAGAAGGACAUGCCGCAAGGCUACAUUCUCUUUCCUUUCUAGUUGGCGCGCUUUUUUUGGAAUGCAAUUCAGUUCAUGUAAAGCUGUUAAAUCCCUCAGACCUGAGGUCAGACACCUCAUGACGUUUAGACAAUGUCGUAUUCGUCAUUGCUUUCUAAGAGGAAGAAGAGCUUAGUUACCAGGAAAAGUAAGAAGUGAGAAAGUAGAGCUGCGUUUAUGAUUUCACUGAAUUAUAGUGAUUAGGGUCUAACCACUGAUUUAGAUUAGUUAGUUUGAAAGCUCCAUUUAAAUAUUAUAACACAUACACAUUUCUUUCAGUUGUCUGUCACGAAAAGCUCCCCCAGGUUGCUCUGCUCAGGCGCUUGGAAGUAGUGGGCACAGGAAAAAACGGGCUCGCGAGAAGAAGACACGCGUGUCUCCCUCGCGCGCGCCCGUUCUUCUCUCUCGCCCACUACUUCCAAGCGCCUGCUACGCAGGCUACUCUGCUGAAGGCAGCAAAAGACCCUAGGAACAAUGUUGGCAAAGUUUCCUCCCCGCCUUGUUCCCCGCCCGUAGAACGCCUAUUUACACUUUCUUUUUCUGCUGCAGUGACUAGAAAAUCAUGACAGAGGGAGAGAGUGAAAGCACAUACGGCGCUGUUGGGUCAACCACGCCAGUUAGAGAAGGUGAGGAGCACGAAAGAGUGCGGAGCAUAAGUUCAUUUUACGAUGACCAAACAAAAGACUGCAGAACUGUAUCGGAUUUAGGUGCUGAAAAAGCCAGGUUGCACGAGGGAGAGCAAGAGGAAAAACCUGGAGACGAAUUGUUUCUUUCAUUUGACAACUCUCCUAAUGAAUGCGUCAACGGUAUAACAACAGAAAAAAUGGCAAGACCCACCUACAUGUCUCUCAGUAACAACGAACAAUCAAAAUCUGAUGCUAGUUCAUCGAUUAGUCCAGUCAGCCCUCAACUCCGUCGAGUGUCAUUUUUGGCUAAACCUAACCAUAAUGAAGCGACAGACCCUGACGUUGCCUAUGACAACCGUGGCUAUUCCUCCGAUAUGAUGUCAUCAACAGACUCAAUAAAGCGCGUGCGCGCUAUCACAAACUGCAGCGUUCGUUACCACACACACAGUGAAGGUGAAGAGUGCAACGAAAGUGAUAUUUCUCAACUCACUUUGAACUUUCAGCAAAAUUCACAGAGCACGCCUCGGGCGCGAAGGAGAAGGUAUACGAGACACGGCACCCUUGUAUCGGAUUCCUUUGUCAACGAAUGUAUUUGUUGCUGUACAAUUAUUUAA